UAGCAUGAUCAGCGUGUUAUAAUUUAUAAAAUGACGCAAACUAUAGAAUUAUCGGACGUAGUCAAAAUAGAACGGGUGGGAAUCCACUCGCACAUCCGCGGACUAGGUGUAGAUGAUAACCUCAACGUAGAAUACCAAGCCGAUGGACUUGUAGGACAGGUACAAGCACGACGGGCAGCAGCCCUCGUCGUGAAAAUGAUGAAAACCGGCUGCAUCACAGGAAGAGGGAUUCUACUAGCAGGACAACCAGGAAGCGGUAAAACCGCACUGGCGAUCGCAAUAUCCAAGGCACUGGGUCCGGAUACACCAUUCACACAUCUGAACGCAUCUGAAGUGUAUUCCAUGGAAUUAAGUAAAACCGAGUGCCUGCUCCAAGCAUUCAGGCGCUCAGUGGGUAUCAGAGUUGAAGAAGAAGCAGAAAUAAUUGAAGGAGAAGUAACAGAAAUCGAAAUUGAUAAAUUUGCCAAUCGACAAAUAGACCCGGCUUCGUUCAAUUCAGCACCUACAAGAGUUGGCAAAAUGACAAUUAAAACAACUGAUAUGGAAACACUAUAUGAUGUGGGACAUAAACUGAUCGAAGCUCUAAGGAAAGAAAGUGUAACCGCUGGUGAUGUUAUACGGAUAGAUAAAUCCACCGGAAGUGUACGUAAACUGGGACGGGUAUACUCAAGAGCACGCGAUUAUGACGCCGUGGGACCACACAUCAAGUAUGUACAAUGCCCAUCUGGUGAAUUGCAAAAACGCCAAAAAGUGGUACAUACAGUCACACUGCAUGAUGUAGAUGUGGUUAACAGCCGCUCAGAAGGGUUCCUUGCACUCUUCGCGGGAGAUACCGGAGAAAUUGAUAAUAACAUCAGAAAACAAAUCGAUGAAAAAGUCAGAGAAUGGCAAGCUGAUAACCGUGCUGAAUUGCUACCAGGAGUGCUGUUCAUCGAUGAAGCCCACAUGCUAGAUGUGGAGUGCUUCUCAUUUUUAUGCAGACACCUGGAAACUGAAAUGUGCCCAUUCCUCAUCCUUGCAACUAACAGAGGAAUUACCAACGUAAGAGGAACCUUCUACAAAUCACCGCAUGGAAUACCACUGGACCUAUUGGACAGAUUGCUUAUCAUACCAACGUACCCAUUCCAACCAGAAGAUACAGAAAAGAUUAUACAGGAACGCUGUAACGAAGAAGAUGUGGAACUUGAUGAGGAGUCUUUGCAUCUACUGUGCAAAGUGGCUUCAGAAACUUCACUGCGAUAUGCAUUGCAACUGAUCAAUGCAGCAGAUCUCAUAAGAAGACGUAGAGGGACGAAAGUGGUUACAUCACUAGAUAUUCGCAGAGCAUUUGGAUUGUUCCUGGAUACAAGAAGAAGUACGAAGUACCUAGUGGAGUUCCAACAUGAUUUCAUGUUCUCGGAACUUGAACCAGAAGAUGAACAACCUUCAGAUAACAUGCAACUGGAAGAUACAAAAGAAUCAAGCAGCACAAUGGACAUUGAUAAAGAUAAACAAUGAAAUCGUGUCGCUGUAAUUACCGCUGCAAAACAGUGCAGUGCAAAAAAAAACAACACAAUCGGAACAACA